AGCCUGAACCUGAUCUCGAUGUCACAGCCUGAAGGAUCAAAAUAGAAGCAGACGGCAAUCAUGGCGGUGUUCGGCGUCCAGCUGGUUGUGACGAUGGUGAUGGCCAGCGUCCUCUCCCGCAUCACGCCGCACUACUCCCUGGCGCGCUGGCUGCUCUGCGGGACGGGGCUUGUUUACUACCUCCACCCAACGGACGAGGAGUUACGUAGCAUAGCGGGAGUGCCCAAGGAGAAGACCAAGAAAGGAAAAGGCGGCGGAAAAGGAGGUGGAAAAGGAGGAGGGUCAGGAGGGAACAGCGGAGGUGCGGAGGAGGACGCAGCGUUCACCGUGCCUCGGAACCUUGAACUGAGCCUGGACACCUCCCGCCUAGGCCCCGGGGAGGUGGUUCAGCUGAGGUUCUACUCGGAGUACCAGUGGCUUCUUGACUUCUCGCUGUGUGCUGUGCUGGUCUACAUCAUCACAGAGGUGCUGAUGGCCGUGGCUCCCCCCAAGGCCGAGGUCAACCUUAGCAUGCUGUGGUGUCUGCUGGCGGUUGGGUUCUCACUGAAGAUCAUGUUUACACUGGCAAUGCUGUACUUCCGAGGGGAGGACUCAGGCGGGGAGAAGGCGAUGGUGGUGCUGUCCUUCUUCACCUACCUCCUCAUAGCCCUGGGGAUGCUGAUUCUGGACGAGAGUAAGCUGGAGUUGGGACUGGACCUGGCGUACUCCUCCUUCAAUGCUAGCGCUGCGGCCUUCCUCAAAGCUCAGGGGUUGCCGUCCGACGGUCCGGCCUCCAAGGUGACAUUCAAGCUUAGUCUGGCGGUGGUGUGUGCUAUCAUCGGCGCCUUCUUCACGUUCCCGGGACUCAGGCUCGGGAAGAUGCACUGGGACUCCCUCAAGUACUGCACGGAAAGCAAGGUUCUCCGCGCACUCUUCCACAUCAGCUUCCUGGCCCCGCUCCUCCUGGUUACCAUGUGGAUACGACCCGUGUCCAGACGCUACCUCACCGAGUACACCCUGCCCGGACGCUCCUUCCCACUCAUGGGUUCCGAGACCUUCGACACCCUGCGGAUCGUCCUGGUGCUGACGGUGAGUGCGGUGCGGCUGGGACUCAUGCCGUACUACCUCCAGUCGUACCUCAACCUGGCCUAUGAGAAGAUAGAGGCGCAGAAGAAGGAGUCCGGCCGCAUCUCGAACAAGGACCUGCAGAAGAAGAUAGCCAGUGUGUUCUACUACCUGUGUGUGGUGACCCUGCAGUACGUGGCUCCCAUCAUCCUGUGCCUCUUCCUCUCCCUCAUGUUCAAGACACUCGGUGGCUUAAGCUGGGCGGCACUGCUCGGCGGGGGACAGUCUACCCCCGGGGAGUGUGGCCUCACCCCUGAAGACGACACUGACUCGGCCCCACUCCCGGCCCUUCAGGAUGCCGAGACGGUUAUGGAGGCCACGCGUAUCCUCACCUUAGGCCUGGAGGAGCUGAAGAAGGUCUUCACCACCGAGUUCUACCGAGGCGUUCUGGGCUUCACGACAUGGUGGUGCGUUUUCUCCUGGUUCCUAUCGGGUACCUUCGGGGUCGCCUACCAGUCCUACUUCACCAAGGCAUAGUGGGCCCAGCAUGGUAGGACAAGGGAUAGUGGGCUGGAGUUGUAACCUAGAGGAAAAUGUGCCAAGUGUAAACAAAGGGAGAGGGUCACGUGUCGGGUUGUGAGAUCGUGACCCACCCCUCGCACUGACCAUCCAUAUGUCUCGUCUCUUCAUCCGCCGACCAGUCCGUUUUCCGUUUUUGUCGGAUGGCUUGUGCAUUUUCCCUAUCCGAAUGUGGAUGUUCGUAAAAUUCUGUCUUUUAGCCGAGUUUAUUUAUGAGGUUUUAUGUGUAUUUGUUUGGUGUGACCCUUGUGUUGUGACGGCCAAGGGGUGACGUCUCGCAGGAUUCUUGUUUGUUGCGGCGAUUCUGUUCAUGUACGAGUGAGAGAAACUACUGUAAAAUGAUAACUCUGGAACGCUAAGUGGACGAGGCGUUUGUAUGGAAAGAAUAGAGAAAUCGCAAACAAAUGAGAAUGUGUGUAUCAAGCAUAAAACAAGAAGUAGGUACGCAAUUGAGGGAAGUUAUAGUGAUUUCCGUUCUGGUAAGAGUGAGAGAAAUUAAUGUAAAAUGAUAACUCCGGAACGCUAAGUGGAUGAGGCGUUUGUAUGGGAAGAAUAGAGAAAUUGCAAACAAAUGAGAGUAUGUAUCAGGCUGUAGUGAUUUCCGUUCUGGUAAGAGUGAGAGAAAUUACUGUAAAAUGAUAACUCUUGAACGCUAAGUGGAGGAGGCGUUUGUAUGGGAAGAAUAGAGAAAUCGCAAACAAAUGAGAAUGUGUGUAUCAAGCAUAAAACAAGAAGUAGGUACGCAAUUGAGGGAAGUUAUAGUGAUUUCCGUUCUGGUAAGAGUGAGAGAAAUUACUGUAAAAUGAUAACUCUGGAAUGCUAAGUGGAGGAGGUGUUUGUAUAGAAAGAAUAGAGAAAUUGCAAACAAAUGAGAGUAUGUAUCAGGCAAUUAAAAGAAGCUGUAGUGAUUUCCGUUCAUGUGAGAGUGAGGGAAAUUGAUGUAAAGUAAUGACUCUGGAACCCUCACUGGACGAGGUGUUUGUGUGGAAAGAACAGAGAAAUCGCAAACAAAUUAGAAUGUGUGUAUCAGGCAUAAAAAAAAAGUAGGUACAGAAAGGAGAAAUAUAUGUAAAAGAAGAGGAACAUUACAGAAACAGGAUGAAUAACAACUAGAAUGAAAAGGAAGAGGAGGUGUUCAUAUAGAAAGAAAAGAAAAAUAAGAAAAAUGACAAGCAAAUGACUGUAUCAAGCACAUAUAUAUAUAGAAGGGGAGAUAUAUAUAUUAGACAAAAGGGGAUUACACGAGCAGCACAGGACAUUUAGUAUAUUGUAAAAUCACACAGCGUUCUAAAAUGUGUGUAUUUGAACCACGAGAAAAAUCUUACAAGUCGAGAAACUAAAUAUGUAUGUAUCAAUAUGUACUUAAGGGGACCACUUCCUCCAGCCAGGGUUGUAAGAUGUGUUUUUUUUUGUUGUUGUCGUUUGUUUUAUUGUUUUUUAAUAGCAUAGGAGAUGACUCAAGGGCAACAAAAAGGGUGUAGAGAAAAAAGAGCCCGCUACUCACUGCUCACAAAUGUUAAGUCAAGUUCACCUUUCGCCAACGUUAAGUCAAGCACAAGAUAUUUUACGCUCAAAGGACUUCAGUGGGAGAGACUAAAGCUUCUCUAUUGGACCAUGCGUGUGUUCCGUUUUAAAGACUUACCAGUGCGUAUUUUCAAACGUAUCGGUCCCUCGGUUCACCAGUUCGAAAAGCCUCUUGUAGUAGACGUUGCCGGGCUUUUCAUGGGCUGUUUUGUGACCCUGGUGAUGGUUUGACAUGACCUCUGAAUCUCAAAAGUAAAAAACACCCAUGAAAUACCGGCUAACCUUCCCUGUGGCCUUGGAAAAAGAAACAUAAUGGAAGCACAAUAAGUUUAACCAACUCUUCAUGGACUGUUUUGUGAUGUCAGUGAGAGUUUGACAUGACCUCUGCAUCUCGAACGUAAAAAAACACCCAUGAAAACCCAGCUAACCUUCCCUGUGGCCUUGGAAAAAGAAACAUAAUGGAAGCACAA